GCUUGUCAUAGAGAUCUGCUUUUGGACUUAAAGUUGCACGAGCUGCACAGAGAGUACGUUUGGCUGCAAGUGGUGCCAUGUUGCGGGGACUGCGUGUCAGUGAUGCAGCACCAGCCUGCCCGGAUCAGACUACAGCUGCAGUUCGAUCCCCUGUCAAGUGUCCACAAUUGGAGACUUCCUCCUAUGACACUGACGUGGUUGUACAUUCCGGCCAGAAUAAGAGCAUCAGUGUACGUGUGGCGGACAUUCAGCCAGACCAGAUGGACAAUGUCCUCUGCCUGUUCACGUACAGCUGGGAAGUGAAGUACUCCACAUGGAAAAUCACGUCCUCCAACCUCGAGUGUGAGGCUCUCCAGUUUGAGUUCUCUGACGUCACGUUGCCCAUAGUAACCGCUCAGUUCACCGUGACCAGUGGGAAGAACAGCGUUCCAUUGGAUAAUCCACAAAAUAUCAAAGUCCGCAUCUACAAGUGUGGUACCAUGGUAACCAACUGCGGUCAGUGCCUUAGUAUGGACCCGGAAUACGAGUGUGGCUGGUGUGUGGGUGCAAGCCCCACAUGCUCCCUGCAGACUCUCUGCCCUGCCUCUGACUGGCUUGACCGCUCAGCUGUCUGUCCCAACUCUCAGAUACUCGGGGUACGUGUGGCCAUAAUGCAGGAGAUGAUGCCAAUGAUUCACCAUUAGAAGACAUGACGGUAACGGUGGCCCAGAACUCUGCUCAACUAGAGUUCUAGCAACAUUCUGACAUGCUCACAAACAACAAAACAUACUACCGGAUGAUGCUGAGGAUGUAGUUCAGUCAUUAGGGGGAGAGCUUGACAUAACCAGUUCCUGUAUCAUUUCCUGGCUUAUGAUGAAGGUGUGCCCUAUGUUAAAGGAAUGCUGAAGAGCAACAAAUAGAAACCGAUGACUUUGUAGAAGAUUCAUAUGAUUAUGAUAAUGAUGCCGAUUACAUCUCAUCAGAGGAAAGUGACAGUGAUUGUAAAGGCACAGUAUAUCCAGAACGAGACACAGUGAACAUAUACGUUGAGGAAAGUUUAAAUGUCAUACAAGGAGAUGGAGACAAAGAACAGGUUGAAAUAGGAAAAUCCAGUAUCAAACUAGUGAAUGUACAGAAAGAAACCAUACACAUAGCUACCUCAAAGAAUACUAAUAUGUGUAAUUUUAAUUAAUGCUUUUGCAAUGCUUUGCAAUACCUAAAUAUGUAUAAAGCCAAAAUGAAAACCUCAAGGUGCUUAAAAAAUAAGAAAAUUAACAUUGUUGAUAAAAAGCUGCCAGCUUUCAUCUCAUGUUUGUUUACAUUAUGUUUGUUUUUGUGCGUAGUAUACAUUCUGUAUCUUAAUAGCGUGUAACAACUAGUCCUCCAUGGUGCAGUGGAAGAGUACUCGCCUGCAGAUCUGGAUGUCUUCAGUUGGAAUCCUUCUACUGGCUUAGUGUUUUUUUUCCUAGAAUGUUGAAAUUCAAGAAAUGUUUUGAUAAUACACAUUGACAGCAAAAAUACAACGUUUACAUGUUGAAAUUAGUGAUCAAUCUUAUUGCAUUGUUAUAUUAUAUUAUUGAUUUGACAUAUAGUGUUAUUUCUUAUCCUGAAAUAUUCGUAUUGACUUACCGGUCCAGCAUCUUUAAACAAUGUACGGAUCAACAUACAAAUGUACCUAAAUAGAAAAAUAACCUAAUCUGUUUAAAUAGCUUGGCAAAGUGCUGACCUGUUUUACACAAUGAAACACAUUUUUUUGUAAUAUAGGUUUUAAACUGUUAAUUAUGGUUGUGGUAGAUGCAAUUGAGUUAGAGGCUAAAAAUGGAAGUGGCAUGGCUUAUAUAAAAAUUUGUUGUCCAAUCCCUCCUAAUGUGCAGUUGGCAGAUCAUCACAACUUGUAAAUGAACAGUUUAUAUUGGAGAAUUAUGUGAACAAGUUAGAGUACAUAUGCCUGAAUAACAUGGUUGUCUUCGUUUAAGGGCUGAGUUUGUGUCAAAGUUUCUCUGUUAUGUAUGUCAUAGGAAUGUUUACUUAUACAAGGUAAUUGAUAAUUCUAAUAUUUUUCAUAUCAUUCUGGGAGUUUUCAAUCAGCAGUUUUUAACACAAAAAUCUUAUCUGUUGUAGUUAAUACUAUUUGUAAUUUGAAACCAAACAGGGCAUCCCUUAGCUUAGCUUAUUAUUUUCAAUGGCCCAUUUUCAACAUAUUGUUGGUAUUAAACUAGUUAAAUGGUUCAUUUAUGUUAUACUUUGAUCAUUAUUUGGUUGAGAAUAAUGGCCUUUCUAGAUCACAUGCCUCAAAGUGACAGGGUGAGCCUUUAGGCUCAGUCUUCAUGGUGCGUCGUCAAACUGUAUGCUGUGAACACAAGAGGCCAAAUGCUCUGCACAGCUGGGUCAGAAGAAUAAUUUUGAUAUCUUAGUAAAACCUUAUGAACACUGUAGUUGUCAAAUUUUGAUUGUAUCUUCACCAAACUACUGUAGUUGUCAAAUCGUAAUUGUAUCUUCACCAAUCCUUGUCAGAAUGUUUGUCUUAAUGAUAUGUAAACCAAGUUCUGACAUGGGUCAUCUGGGGCAAAAAACUAGGUCACCAGUUCAAUAAAUAUUUUAAUGAGUCAACAGAAAUUGUCAUUUGAGCGAUAUAGGGCUAUCUUGGCCCUCUAGUUUAUGUUGUA